UUUCCUGAGUUUCUGGGAAGGCCUGGUUUCCCCAAAGGAACGAUUUCUGGUAGAAGUCUGAAGGUCUGACCCAAGAAAAAUAAUCCAGUAUAGCCAAUGAAUUGAGGACAAGAAGUUUUCCAAUCAGGUUUUGAAAGUUUGCAAGACUUCUUUUCGGCCGGAACCGCCAUCUUCCAGUAAUUCGCCAAAAUGACCAACACAAAGGGAAAGAGGAGGGGCACCCGCUACAUGUUCUCUAGGCCUUUUAGAAAACAUGGAGUUGUUCCUUUGGCCACAUACAUGCGAAUCUACAAGAAAGGUGAUAUUGUAGAUAUCAAGGGAAUGGGCACUGUUCAAAAAGGAAUGCCCUACAAAUGUUACCAUGGCAAAACUGGGAGAGUCUACAAUGUUACCCAGCAUGCUGUUGGCAUCAUUGUAAACAAACAAGUUAAGGGCAAGAUUCUUGCCAAGAGAAUUAAUGUGCGUAUCGAGCAUAUUAAGCACUCUAAGAGCCGGGAUAGCUUCCUGAAACGGGUGAAGGAAAAUGAUCAGAAAAAGAAGGAAGCCAAAGAGAAAGGUACUUGGGUUCAACUGAAACGCCAGCCUGCUCCACCCAGAGAAGCACACUUCGUGAGAACCAAUGGAAAGGAGCCUGAACUGUUGGAGCCCAUUCCUUAUGAAUUCAUGGCAUGAUGGGUGUAAAGAAAAUAAAAGACCUGGACUGUAUAAA